CCCCCGCCAUCAGCCAUCUCAAUCCUCACCACCCCGUUACCAGACCCGGAAGAUAGUUCUACGGCCCUCGAAAAAAUGCAGUCCGGAAUCUCCGCCUCCGAGGAGCUGCACAGCGCUUUCAAAGCUCUCGUCUCCUCAUCCAACCAACGCGGCCUCCUAUGCACCAUAACCAAGGAGUCCCUCACUCCUUUAACAGUCCUGGAACCCGCUACCUCGUCCUUCGAUGACGACCUCUCCCUCCUCACACCCCACCUCCAGCCCAAUGUCGCCCUCUACAUCAUCCUGCGACGCUACCCCUCCGAUGAGAAUGCGCCCUUCAUAGCCGUAACCUACGUGCCCGAUGCCGCUCCCGUGCGCCAAAAGAUGCUCUUUGCGUCGACACGUCUCACGCUGGUCCGCGAAUUAGGGAUCGAGAGGUUUCGGGAGACCAUAUUUGCGACUACGACAGAGGAAUUGACGAAGGAGGGCUUUGAAAAACAUGACAGGCAUGUCAAGCUCGAGGCGCCCCUGACAGAGGAGGAGCAGAGUUUGGGAGAGGUGAAGAGAAAGGAGGCAGAAGAGGGGAGGGGCAUGGGUGAGAGAAAGAGUCAUGUUGCGAGUGGAGGGACUCAGCUGCCGGUUUCUGAUGAAGCGGUGCAGGCCUUGAAGGGGUUGGCGGAGGGAAAGGAUAAUUUGGUGCAAUUGAAAAUCAACAUAGCAACAGAAACGAUUGAACUAGCCUCGUCGACAUCAACACCGAUCUCCUCCCUAGCCUCGAGCAUCUCCGCCACUGAGCCACGAUACACCUUCUACCGGUAUGAACAUGAGUAUAACGGAACCUCGUUGUCUCCCUUACUAUUUAUCUAUACCUGUCCGUCGGGCUCCAAGAUCAAGGAGCGAAUGCUCUAUGCAUCCUCACGACGCUCAGCUCUCCAGAUCGCAGAAGAGGACGCUAGGCUCAAGAUUGAGAAGAAGAUCGAGGCUAGCUCGCCAGAAGACAUUUCUGCAGAGAGCAUUGAUUCGGAUUUACACCCGAAGGUGGAAGUGAAGAAGGCAUUUGAGCGGCCGAGACGACCAGGGAGGAAAUAAGAGGUUCACAAUGCGACACAGGAGGCGGAUAGCAGCGGUUG